AUGACAAACAAAACUAAAAAAAAUGAAACGGCCGAGCAAGCGUUGGAAUGUGCGCGUAUUGCACGUAACCGCGCACAAAAAUCAAUAUCGGAUAUUUUGAACAUCGCGAGGCUAUCUGUGAACAAUCCCGCGAAACGGGAACAAUUAUCCGCUAGUGUGAAACGCUUAGAUAGUUUUUUUUCUCGUUUUCAAGCUGAACAAGAUGUUAUUAUUAAUUCAUUGGUCGUUGUCGGUCGUUCCGAUGAGUACGAAUCGAUCGAUUCACCCGUAGUGGAUACCGUCGAAGCCGUUGUCGACGAAAUUCGCGAAAUUGUUGAUCGAACGUCUGAAGUAACCGCGGCCAUACAACCGGUACCUACUCGGCAAUCGUUUAGUGCACUUCCGAAAAUUGAAUUGCCGUCGUUCGAUGGGUCCAUAACAAAUUGGUGUGCGUUCCGUGAUAGUUUUAAAUCUCUUGUACAUGAAGAUUCCAAUGUCGAUAAUAUACACAAAUUUCAGUUGUUGUCACAGAGUCUGACCGGUUCUGCAUUAUCCGUAAUUAAAGAUAUUCCGUUGUCGGCGGCGAAUUAUAACGUUGCGUGGGCAGCGCUCACCGACCGAUUUGAAAAUAAACGUUUGCUCGCAACUGCUCAUUUGGACAAGCUUUUCGCUUUCAAACCUAUAGCAUCGAAGUUAGUACUUACCGCCGCGAGUAAUCCUAUUCAUAAGAAUAAAGGCCUGUCGUCAUCUUCGUCAAAAUUGAACAAACCUAAAAAUUGCACUAUUUGUGAUCGUGGUAAACAUUUUUUGUAUCUCUGUCCGGAAUUUAAGACAUAUCCCGUAUCACAACGUCGGGAAUACGUCAAAGAAAAUAAACUGUGUUUUUCGUGUAUGAGUUCAACACACAUUGAAGACACGCCCAACACGAAGCGAGGAGUGUUAUCCGCCAUUGCUAGAUUGUUUGACCCCAUUGGUGCCCUCGGUCCGAUGCUAUUGUGGGCGAAGUCAUUCAUGCAACAACUUUGGCAGACGCAGUUAAAUUGGGACACUCCACUUCCUCCAUAUCUACGUAUAGCAUGGCGUCAAUUUUUAUCAGAGCUUCCGUCGUUGUCUAACCUUACUAUCACUCGCCAUAUUGACAUCCGAGAAUAUCAGGACGUUCAGCUUCUAGGAUUCGCCGAUGCGUCCCAGCGGGGUUACGCCGCGAACGUGUACCUUCGUGUGGUCCAUCCAACUGGUAAGGUUUCCGUUUCUCUUGUGACAUGCAAGACCAAGGUCGCCCCUUUGAAGGGUAGUGAAAGGGAUGAGUCUCUUACCAUACCUAGGUUAGAGUUAUGUGCGGCCCUAUUGUUGGCUCAGCUGUUGCAUCGUCUCCACACGAAAAUCGCGUCUGUCAUCCCUAUAUCACAUGUGCGUGCCUGGACUGACUCGUCAGUCGUCUUGUCUUGGCUUACGGCGGAUCAAAAAAUGUUCAAGAUUUUUGUUACUAACAGAGUAGCCAAAAUUCAUACUCUACUUCCAAAUUGCAAGUGGUCACAUGUACGUACCACAGAGAAUCCUGCGGACCCUUCAUCACGCGGAUUAUUGCCUAGUGACCUUGUAGCUUGUACGCUGCAUUGGAAGGGUCCAACGUUUUUACAGUUUUCGGAAGAUCAAUGGCCAGGACCACAACUCGAAACACUCAGUCUUGACGGCUUACCUGAGGUGAAGAAUCCGUCCACGUGCGUGAUGGUUGUCUGUGAAACGCCGAGCUUCGAUACCUUUCUACUUCGUUUUUCAUCAUGGUCCCGUCUUCAGCAUGCGUUAGCAUAUGCGUUGCGCUUCGUUGAUCGUGUAAUCGUAAAGCGACCCACGAACACGGACGUCCUUACACCAGAUGAAUGA